AAUCGAUCACAAAGGAUGAAUUCAUUUUCUCACGUUCCCCCGGGUUUUAGAUUUCAUCCAACAGACGAAGAACUUGUAGACUACUACCUAAGAAAAAAAGUUGCAUCAAACAGAAUAGAAAUCAAUUUCAUAAAGGACAUUGAUCUUUACAAGAUUGAGCCAUGGGAUCUUCAAGAGUUGUGCAAAAUUGGACAUGAAGAGCAGAGUGAUUGGUACUUCUUUAGCCAUAAAGACAAGAAGUAUCCCACAGGGACUCGAACCAAUAGAGCAACAAAAGUAGGGUUUUGGAAAGCCACUGGAAGAGAUAAAGCUAUCUAUUUGAGGCAUAGUCUUAUCGGCAUGAGGAAAACACUUGUGUUUUACAAGGGAAGAGCCCCAAAUGGACAAAAAUCCGAUUGGAUCAUGCACGAAUACCGCUUAGAAACCGAUGAAAAUGGAACUCCUCAGGAAGAAGGAUGGGUCGUGUGUAGGGUUUUCAAGAAGAGAUUGGCUGCAGUUAGAAGAAUGGGAGAUUACGACUCAUCUCCUUCACAUUGGUAUGGCGAUCAGCUCUCUUUUAUGGCCUCUGAGCUUGAGACAAGCGGUCUACGGCGAAUCCUUCCCAAUCAACAGCAGCACCAGCACCAGCAAGAGCACCAACAGCAGUUUCCAUAUGGCUUCAAUUCAUCUGUUUACGCUCUCAAUAAUGCUAACUUGCAAUGCAAGCAAGAGCUAGAGCUACAAUACAACCACCUGGUACAACAACAUGAUCUUUUUCAUGAAUCCCCUUUAUCAUUAUUCCAACUUCCUCAGCUUGAAAGCCCUGAUGUCCAACAAGCUAAUAAUAGCAACUCUCUUCCUUACGGAACAAGCAACAACGAUAAUAAUUCGAGUGAGGUUGCUAACUUGCAGCAGUCGAAUCUCACGCAUGAAGAACAGCUGAAUCAAGGGAAUCAGAGUUUCAGCACUCUAUACACGAAUAGCGAGAACGAGCAAGGGGUGGAUCAAGUCACAGACUGGAGAGUUCUCGAUAAAUUUGUUGCUUCUCAGCUCAGCAACGAGGAUGCGGCCACAACUUCUGCUUCUCUACAGAAAAAUGCCAAGGACACAAGCAACGUGGAGUACCAAGUUGAUGAAGAAAAAGAUCAGAAGAGGGUUUCAGACAUGGGAGAAGAAUAUGCUGCUUCUACAUCUUCGAGUUGUCAGAAUGAUCUAUGGAAGUAAGCAGAAAGAGAAGACUUUACAUAUAAUGCAUAUAUACAUAUAUUUAUAUACGUACACGCGAACACUAAUCAAGUGUAGAUGACGAUGACGAUGGUACAGAUUUAUAUUUGCUUUGAUUGAUUCUUACUACAUUAUUCAACUUAUGUUAUAAGCAUAUUUUACAUGGCGUAUCGAUGCAUAUAUACGUGUAUUGGAUAUGAUUAACCAUAUAUACUCUAAAUCUAAAUGUAACUCCAAUGUUUUUAGUAGACAAUUGUCUAUUAUUAUUUCCGUUUAAUAUAUUAUUCGAGUUAAAUAUGUACACAUAUGCCCACAGAAAGAGAAAU